UUAAUUGUCAGUCAGACGCAGACGCAAUGAGCAAUAUUUUAUUUAUUGCCAAAAUAAGUUCAUAAUUAUAAGUUUGCAUUUUCUUACAAAAGAUACAGCGGGCAAUGAAAAUAUAGUUAAUAAAAUAAUUUUAGGUUCACCAACCAAACUUACUCCUGUGUGUACCAACAAUAUGGAUGUGGACUUACUGCGACCGGGCACUGUGCCCAUAUCUCCAGAUACAAUCCUUUGGUUUGAAUUUCUCCUAAAUCAAGACCUCUUAAAGAAGCAUCUUAGUAAACCAAAUCCAGAACCAUCUCACUGUGAUUUAAUUGAAGAAUUCCUGUCAGUGGAUACUAAAAAUGCCAACUCUAAACCUACCAGUGAACGGGCCGUUGAUGUGGAUGCUCCGCCCAGCCCCCCGUCAUCAACCACAUCCAUCAACCUUCAGUUUACUAGGAAACAGCUGGCACUUAAGAUUCUAGCUCUCAAAGUGGCUGCUAGUCUUCACUGGAAUUUAGAUAUUCUAGAACGCAAACUACCACCUCAGAUUCAGCAACAACUUAUGCAGGAUCUAGUUUACAUGGCAUCAGAUACGGCAUUCGCUAUUCCACCCCAGGAGUUCUCAGCAGAACUUGUGGAAAAACCUCAAGUGCAAUUUGCCCUUACUCUGUACCAUAGAUGGAUUCUGCGGUUCCCAGUCAAGGCUGCCUUAUAUUCUAAAUCCAAUAAAAUGUCAUACAUUCAUAUGCCUGGGUUGCAAACAGAAGGGGCAUUCACACCAUUGAAUCAAAAUUUCGAGAAAAUACUCAGAAUGUCUGAAGCGACGCGUAUGCAAAGUAUCCGUUACUUAGAGGAAGUAUUGUCUCAUUAUGAAUUGUCUUUGCCAGCUGGGCGCAAAGAACCUAAAAAAAUAAAAAUACCAAGUAUGGAUGCUUUUAUACACCUCACUGAAGAUUCUGAUGAUAUGAACCAUGACUGGGAUGCGGGCGAUAUCCUCAUCAGCCAGUAUGAACUAGCUAUGCAAAUUCAUUUUGAUCUCUGCUAUAAUUAUUUCUUUUAUGGGCAGCAUGAUUUAGCUGCCAAACAUAUUUUAGGCUGCAGAGAGAACUCAAAUCAGUUAGAAAGAGAAAUAACUGUUUAUGGAUACGGUACUCACAAAAAAAUUCCUUGGGGUGAAUUCUACUACGCCAGUAUGACAAAUGAAGAGAUAAUUGGGUACAUCAGGGCCUUAAAUUUGGGUUAUGAGGUUCUCAAUGAGGAACCGUCACUCUUACAAAAGUUACAGGAAUCUAUUGCCAAUCACUAUACAGGCAUCAUAGCUGUUCUUCAAGCUGACAAUAUCAAGAGAGAAAUUCCAAUGGUUCAUAGACAAGUAGUGGAAUUAGACAUACAGGGCUCUGCUUCUAGUGGAGCCUUCACAGUAGCGAGAGAUCUCUUGAAUAGAGUAUCAGCAUUGAAUGCAGUAAGGUAUGCUCUAGAAGGUGGUUUGCCAUCCACUCACCCAGAUUUUCUGAACAAGUUUAAAACUGUAGGCAUAAAAUUCUUUGAUCUAUUAUUUUGGGCUCUUGCGCCCGUUUUAGUAUCAGAGCUAUCUGAAAAAGAUUGGACAAAUUUAAGAAUGUUUUUCCUUCAUUUGGCGACGUCUCAAUGUAGAGUGCCAAUUGAUAGGAUAGAUGAAUAUUUGAAGAAGCACGUCGGCGAAAGUGCUGAAAAAAUACGAAAGAAGUUGAUUUCUGACGAAGAAUUACAAACAAUCAUAAAUGAUCCAAUUCAUAUGGAUGAUGAAACCAUGGACAUUCCACAAGAGCUACUUUCAGAUGACUGGGAAACACCAGACUUUGAUUGUAAGUCUGUACCCGAAUUGGAAAUGGGAAAGCUGAAGAAGCGACUUAUUGAAGCGUCUACUGCCGACGAUGUUCGCAUGUGUCUAGUUAAACUAGCGAUGAUGGCGCCGGCGUCUCCAUUAUGGAAGCUUAGUCCUUCUUGGAAACCGGCAGGUGGCUUGGGAAAUGCCUUGAUUGCAUUACCGAGGGGAUUUUUACAAGAUUUUGGGUAUGUGAUAUCAGGGGCGGCGCGAGCAAGAGCUGAAGCUGGGUGUGCACGCGUCGCUUUGUCUCUGUUAUCAGUUUUAGAAGGAGAAGUUCGUAACCAACUCGGGACAGGAACGGACAACGUACUAUAUCGACUGUGCCGGCAGUUGUCGUGGGAGGUGUUGCUGCUUCAAGUCAACGUGAUGAUCAGCGAGUGGCCUCAUCACCGACUCAAUUUGACGGCUCUGGCGAACAAAUGUAAAGCUUGCAUCGCUGCUUCCACAUCUAACGAUGGAAUUGUACCUCGAGCACAAGUUAUAGAAGCAUGCUGGACGGGUUUACUGAACGCUUGCGAUUGGGAGGGCGCGGGCGCCACGACGGGCCCCGGCGAGCUGGCUGCUGCGCUCUGUGCCGCUUGCUUCGAAUUGCAGCGCGGGAAAGCUACCAGAAAGUUCCCGAGGCCGCUGUGGGACUAUGCAUUAGCAGCAUAUAGCAACUGCUCCAACGGUCCAGUGAAGAGAAACGCGGGCGGUUUGCCGGCACAUUCCCGUGACGUGCCCAACGCCGCAACGGAAGCUCGCAACGCAUUCAACGCCUUCCUCGCCACACUCAGAGAACCUUUAGCUAUAAGCGUUAUGUUCUCUCUCCUCGCGAGAUUACAUAAUCUUCUAAUAGAUGACAGCUCUUUGGAACUCGUAGUGGAAUACACGUCGUUGUGGCCCUCAAACUUAUCUAAUACAAAUAACUAUAAUGUGAAGCAUAUUGUUGAAUCUCUUACGGACAUGCUGGAGCGGAGUUUGAAGUUGUACCCGUACAAUACUUCGUGGUUGCGGCUCUACGGCGACGUGGAAAUGGCGGGCGGGCGGUGGGGCGCGGCGCUGCGGCGCUACCUGUGCGCGCUGGCGGCCGCCACGUGGCACUUCUCCAAGCGCGCCGCCGACGAGGGCGGCACGGCCCGGCGCGCCGCGCGCUGCUGCCAAGCGCUGGCCGCGCCCACGCAGGCCGCCGCGCUCUGCCAGCUGCCCGACGAGCCCGACUACACCACCGCCUUCAAGUGUCUCGCGGAGAAGACUGGCAACGCCGCAGAUGCGAUGGACGCGUAUUACGGUUGCCUGUGGGACGGCACUCUACUAGAAGUGGCGGUCGCCUUACACGCGCGGCGAGGAGAAGGCGGCCGCCGGGCUCGUGCUGUGAAGGCCGCAGGAGCCUUAGAACUAAACGCCAACAACAGCGAAGAUAUUCAAAGGGAAGCGGCCGCUACUCGACGGGCGAGAUUUCUUAGAGCCCUUACUAACCAAUACGUAGCCUAAUACUUAUCUGCAAAUAUUCGGACUGGACUCAAUACAAACUACGUGGGACAGGAGCCCUAAGACAGCAGUAACAACAGUAAAGGUAUACAAAUAGAGAAGCUCCCGCUACUUGAGACUUCUUAAGACCCUCAUAAACGUUGGUGACGCAAGAUAUCUUUUUUGUAGAUUUUUACAAAACAAUUUGACUCGGUAUAAGCAAAGUAUCAGUUCUCAAAACUAAUUUAGUACUGAAGAAUAAAAGUGAAGAUAUUUUAUCAAAGCGAACCCUAGGUCCAACGAAGCAUAGUGGCGUAUUGAAUUGGAGAAAACUUCUAAGCUUUAAAUAACUUCAAAACAAAAAUUACUAGGAACAUUAAAUAAUUGCUAUCUUUAUUUUUAACAUAAAUAAUAAAAGCGAUAUUCUCCAAGUAUUAUAUUCUUGUAUAUAGAUAGGUACAAUAAAAAAAA